AUGUCCAAUAUGCCAAAAUCAUUUGCUGAUGGAAUUCCGACCACAUUCAAGAACAUUGACGACAUGCAUUGCUGGAGCGCAAUUUUGUUCUCUAGUUACAUGACUUCUGUGGUAAGAGCGACUGUUCCCGAGUACAACGAGAGAUGUUUAGCAGAAGAGAGAGUUAAAAAUGGAAAUGGAGCCAACACAUCGAAACAGAAUAUAGAGACACCAUCUGGACCAAUCUCGUUCGCUGUUGCCAGAAACAUGAAGCAGAAGCCAUGCCUCUUUGGGCCAACCCUGGUCCAGCUGGAUAGGAAGCCAUCAGCUCCAGAGGAGAUAGAAACUGUCGGAUCAGGAGUUAAACGUGCUGCUACAGUUUCUCAAAACACGAAUCCAGCCAAGCGAAGCAAGUAG